GGUAGCGAGAGAGAGAGAGAGAGAGAGAAUGAUAUGUGAUAAAAUAUAGAAAGAAAAUAAAUUGAUUUUUCAGAAUAGAAUAAUAUGAAAUGCGAUGACUUUAGGAUUACUUUAAGUUUCUCUUAUCGUUGAAGCAUAUUGCUCGUAGUAACAAGAGGACGAUUAAAGGGUAUCAAGAUUUAAUAGGGAGAAAGAAAAAAAAGGGUAAUCGAGAGGCGAUAAAAUAAAGGAAAUGGGGGUACGUGAUGUGGAUCAAGCGAAGCGUCGGCUGCAAGAUAUCUUAAGGAAAGCUCAAAAGCUAGAAAUACCAGCACAAGAGGUUAUAUCCACGAGGACUGCUCAGAAACUACUAGCCAGAACGAAGAAUGUUGUUGCGUGGACGAUCUGGAUCGGUGUUUUCAUUAUUCUACUCAGUUUCGUCGUUUACACACGUUGGCCGACAAGACAAGAAGUUGAGACGGUUAGGACAGUACUUAGGCGAACAUGUUCGCAUUCCGUUUCGGGGGACUUUUCGGAACGUGUGGCAGCAUUAUUACAGACAUCUUCGACGCAAGACGACUGCUAGUUUUCAAAGGGAAGUAUCUGAGUCAUCAUACUCCAUCUUCCAAAUACAAAACCCUUCGGAACGGUGGCAGAAGUUAUUGAAACAAACUCAACAACAACAACAACAACAACACACAUCGUAUAAACAUAAGACGUAUUAAUCAUUCUUGUCAAAUUAAUUCGUAAUAAAAAUAAUAUUAAAGCGUUUAAUAAUAAUAAUAAUAAUAAUAAGAUAUCGUAUGUACGUAAUAAUAAAAAAAAGUAAAAAAAUUGAAGUAAAAAAGAAAAGAAGAAAAAAGCAAAGAACAAAAAAAAGAAAAUAAUGAAAAAAUAAA